UUGAGGGAGCCGCCUACGUGGAACAGGUGCCAACGUGCACCGCACAACACAACAUUCUGAGUACGGCAGGCAGCCGUUGGAAGCUGUAGCACCACCACCACAGAGUUUUGACUGAUUGGUGCCCACUGCGCUCUUGGCUUUAGACUUCUCAGCUUCACAGAUCCCUGAGCCUCAAACUCAAAGCCCACAGCAAAGGCCAAAUUCCAAAGUCCACCUUGGUUUAACGGUAAAACGGAAUGAUAACAAGUAGUUAAACCAACUGUUUAGUUUUUAUCAUAUCUUUGUCAUUCUUCUGUUUCUGGCUUUUCAUUGUUCCUCCAAUUUCCCUGCUGAGCUGCCAAGAAGACCCAGAGAGCUUUCCUCCCAGCCUCCCAGUCUCAUCCCUCUCUUUUGGAACUUUGUAGAGACUCAGAUAGAAGAGAUCAGGGCAAAGCCUUUUAUUUUCCUUCCAGCAGGUAUGGAAGACCAUGCUGUUUGUGAUAAUACUGUUGCCAGUCCUGAGGUUGAGAUAAACUACCUAAAUCAACGGGUGCAAUCUAAUGAAUCCGGCAUGCAAGAGUUAGAGAGUUACUUGAAAGUUUUAACAAAGCUGGACUUGGACUUGGCAUAUUCUUCUGAGAAGUUGGCAAAUCUCCAUGUACCUCUUAUAUACCUGUUGGCUCAGCAGAAUGAUCUCGAGGCAAUGGCCACCGUCAAUAACUAUAUUCUCACGGACUUUAUUGAGAAAGUAUUGGUAUUCAAUUUCCUAUCUAGCAUUCUAGAUUCUGAGGUAAGAGAGCUAGACAAUUUCAUGGAUGCUCUCCAAGCAGGAAUUAUUGAUGCCCGUAAAAAAAUAUCUUCGUGCAGACACUUGGGAAAACUGUAUUCUAUAAUGGAAGGAAAGUUAAAUGAUUCUGAAGAAUCACUAAAGCAAUCUCAAGAUCAGAUUUCAGAGCUUAAGAUGCAGUCAGAAAGGUUUCAGAGAACCGUUCUAGCUUUUGCCCAUGAGAAUUGGAAAACUGACAUUGCCAUGGAUUUAUCAGAAAAUGCUCAACAGGCGAAUAAAAACGCAAAGUCAAAUUUAAAGAUGCCUAGACAACAAAGACAUAAUCUCUGGAUGCUGGAGAAAUCACUUUCAAGAGAGCUAUAUCUUGAGAAGAAAUUAACUGAAUCAAGACAAAAUGAAGAAGAACUUAAAUUAAAGCUACAUCAUACAGAACAGGUAGCAUUUCACAUGGAAGAAGCAGCAGAAGUUGUUUGGGGAAGAUUUUUAGAGGCAGAGAAUGCUGCUGAGGUGCUCCAGGGGAUUUCAAAGGAAUUGUUAGGUCGACUGCAGCUUAUUCAUUUUAAUCUAAAUGGUUCAAUUCAACGAGAAAGCGAGCUAAAAUUCAAACUUCAAGCUAGUUUAGAAGAGCUGAAAGCAAAAGAUACUGCUUUGCAGAAGCUCAAGAAUGUUCAUGAAGAGAACAUUAAGAAAGAUGUUGAACUGUCUGCUUUGAGAGAAAAGGUGGUGUUCCUUGAGAAACAGCUGAAAGAAUCAGAGCUCCAGCUGAAGAGUGCAAAUUCCACCAAUGAAUCAAGUCAAGAGAAACUUGGGGAAAUGGAAAGGUUAGUUGAGUCUUUGAAAGAAAACAUCUUUACAACAGAAGUUAAGGCUGAGAGUGCAGAACUUAAGGUUGCGGAAUUAACAGGAACGAAUGUGGAACUCACUGAAGAGAUGAGUUUUCUAAAAGGAAGUGCUAGUAACACAGAAAAAAAGGUUGGCAGUCUAGAAAAACAGUUGAGGGAAGUAGAGAUCCAAUUACAGCAUGCAAAAGCAUCCUCUGAAGCAAGUCAAGAGCAGCAGAAUAUGCUAUAUGCUGCAAUUUGGGAUAUGGAAACUUUAAUUGAAGAUCUAAAAUCAAAGGUUUCAAAAGCUGAAAAUAAGACAGAAAGUACAGAGGAGCAGUGUGUUGUGUUAUCUGAAACUAACUCAGAACUAAAUGCGGAAAUAACUGUUCUAAGGGAUAGAGUGGAAUACUUGGAAUCGUCUUUGGAUCAGGCUAACAAUGCAAAAUUUGCAAAUGCAGAAGAACUCAAUAACAGAAUCAAGUUCAUGAUGGAUAUGGCAGUGCAACUAGCCAUAGAACGGGAGCGCAUCCAAAAGCAGGUGCAUGUCUUAAUGAUGGAGAAAAAACUGCUGGUGGAGAAGCUAUGGAACACCAAUAAGGAUGCAACUGAGUGCAACAAUGAAGACAGUGAAAACAAAGAGCUUCCAUUUUCCAAGAAUAAUUUUUUGAAUACUACUUCUAUGAAGACAUCCACGGAAGCUAUUGCAGAUUCCUUAGAUAAAAGUUUCCAGGUGGAUGAACCAUCAGAAGAGGCACCUGAGUGUGAUACUGAUGCAGGGGCUUCCAGUUCUGCUAGCAGCAUGGUUUCAGAACCUGAGACUUCCCGAGAGGUAAAGGCCAGGUGCCUGAGCCUAAAGUAUGUUUCCAUAAUAGUCUUUGUAUUUUCAGUGUCAGCUAUGUAUUUGCUUAACUAGGAAGGAACCUUUCCUCUUUGACGAAUUGUGAUAGAUAACUUUCCUCACACAUUUAACAUCACGAGGAGGAGCCUUUCAUGUUGGUGACAUGACAUAUUGUUCCAUGAUUUUUUUUUUCCCUGAAGCUCUAAAUUGAGCUAGAUGUCUUCUUGAAUAGUUUUUUUAGGUUCUGCAGAAUGAAAUGUUGUAUAAGCAGGAAGCACAUAGUAAAAAGAAGGGCAGUUAUGCUUUUCAUUA